AUGUGGCGACUUCGAGAUCUCCUCGUCGUUGGACUCGCCUUCUCGGGAGCUACAGCGAGCACCUGGUUCCCUGGCUCCAAGUCCAGUGACGCAGUUUACAACAAGUGGCAUGAGACGGAGCUUGAGCGAUGGCUGUCUGACCAGAAUAUUCCAUACCCUACUCCAGCUGACCGCAAGGACCUGGAGGAUCUUGUCUCGAAGAACUGGAACGACUACGUCGUGGAGCCUUACAACAAGUGGGAUACAUCCCAGCUGAGCGCAUACUUGCAAGCUCGAGGCAACGACGUGGCAUCAGAGGCCCAGAAGAACAAGGACAGCCUGCUCUCUCAUGUGAAAACGAACUGGUAUGAAACCGAGGAUUCUGCCAAUGCGGGUUGGGCCAGUGUCAAGGAUUGGAUUCUCGACUCUUGGACCGAUUCACAGCUCAAGGCUUUCUGUGACAAACAUGGCAUUCCAGUUCCUCAGCCGCGUACUCGUGAUACUCUACUGCAAAAGGCUCGUGAGAGCUAUCAGACCGUCGCGGACAAAGCUGGAGAGACUGCCGCCUAUCCUGGCGAUUGGCUUUACUCCACCUGGUCUCAAUCCGAUCUCAAGGAAUGGCUUGACAAGAACGGCUUCCCUGCCCCUCAGCCAACCACUCGAGACAAGUUGAUUGCCUCGGUUCGCCGCAACUCUCGACUUGCAUACCUGAAGUCUCAGGAGGAAGCCAAUAGCGCCUCCGCUAAGAUCCAAGCUGCCUACAAAUAUCUCACAGACACCAUUAUUGACGCCUGGAGCGAGUCACAGCUCAAGGAAUUCUGCGACAAGAACGGAAUUCCUGUCCCUCAGGGCACCAAGCUUAAUGAACUCCGAGCUCUUGUUCGGAAACACCGCGCUGACAUCUUGGGCGACACUGUUGGCGCCAGCGUCAAGGCUGCUUUUGGCGCUGCUACUUCCAACGCUCAGAACCAGUAUGCCAAGGCAACUGACAGCGCUUCACUUGCCGCCCAGGAUGCCUUCGACCAGGCCGUCGACAAGUGGUCAGAUAGCCGACUCAAGGCUUAUCUUGAUGCCCGUGGUGUCCCUGUCCCCCAAGCCAGCAAGACCGAUGAGCUUCGAGCUCUUGUUCGAAAGCACGCGCACAAGGCAGCUUCUGGCUGGCAAGCGUGGAACUUUGAUGACUACAACUACGACAACUUGAAGAACUACCUGAGCAAGCACGGAAACGCCGCCGCAAAGGCCGCGGCCAAGAAGAAGGACGCUACCCGCGAGGAACUUGUGAGUGCGGCCCAGUCUGCCUAUUCAUCCGCCUCAUCGGCCGGUGGCGCACAAUACGCGUCUGCUACCAGCUACCUUGCGUCCGCGACCGCUUCUGCCAAGCAGGAUGCUUUUGAUGGUUGGUCUGAGAGUGACCUCAAAGCCUAUCUCGACAGCUACGGAGUUCCUGUCCCCCAGGGUUCCAAGAUUGAUGAGCUCAAAGCAGAGGCGCGCAAGCAGUCUACAUACUUCAGAUAUGGCUCCUCUUCUCCCGGAGGCACUAUCCUUGCUAAGAUCGGAGAGACAGCCAAGGAUGGUUGGAGUUGGAUCGCCAAGCAGCUCAACAUUGGCAGCGAGGUUGCCAAACAGGAGGUUGUCAAGGCCGAGGCUGAAGCUAAGAAGAAGGGCGAGAAGCUUAGAAAUGAGCUUUAA